AAUGGCAGAGAAUCAUGGCUUGAUGGAGAGAUUGGAGAAAGCAGUGACUCGACUUGAAUCAUUAUUUUCAGAUUCCCAGAGAUCUGGUGGAAUGGAGUGUGAUGCGAUGAACGGUGUCAAUGGAAGCAUAGCUCCAUACGUGGAGGCCUUUGAUAGGCUGCUGAAUGGAAGCGUUGCUGAGUUUCUCAGGUACAGCAAGAUUCUUGAAGGUGAUGUGAAGACACAUGCAGAGAUGGUACGUGCUGCUUUCCAAGCACAGAGAUCUUUCCUGGUGUUAGCAUCUCAAUGUCAAGAGCCUCAAGAGAAUGAAGUGGCAGUGCUUCUCAAGCCAAUAUCAGAGAAGAUUCAGGAAAUACAGAACUUUAGAGAAAGAAACAGAGGAAGUCAAAUGUUCAACCAUCUCUCAGCCGUCAGUGAAAGCAUACCUGCGCUCGGCUGGAUAGCAGUGUCUCCUAAACCAGGCCCUUAUGUCAAGGAGAUGAAUGAUGCUGCUACCUUUUAUACUAACAGGGUAUUAAAGGACUACAAGCACAGUGAUACACGUCAUGUUGAUUGGGUGAAGUCCUACUUGAACAUCUGGUCUGAUCUUCAAGCGUAUAUCAAAGAACAUCAUACUACAGGUCUCACCUGGAGUAAAACUGGUCCUGUCGCAUCACCCACGUCUAUGAGAUCUGUCCUAACCAGUGGGUCGUGCCCCUCUUCAACACCUCCACCACCACCUCCACCGGGACCUCCCCCCAUCUUUGAUACAGAAACCCCCCCAAAGGAUGAAGGAACGGCAUCUCGCUCAGCCCUGUUUGCACAGCUUAACCAAGGAGAAGCAAUUACCAAAGGGCUUCGCCAUGUCUCUGACGACCAGAAGACUCACAAGAACCCCAGCCUACGUGCCCAAGGUCCACCCGUUCGUUCUCCCACGAAAAGCCAUACUCCAAGUCCCACCUCCCCCAAGAACUCCCCGCAGCAGAGCCAUGCCCCCGUCUUGGAGCUAGAGGGGAAAAAAUGGAGAGUGGAAUAUCAAGAGGAUAAGAAUGACCUGGUCAUUACCAAUACUGAACUCAAGCAAGUAGCCUACAUCUUCAAGUGUAACAAGUCUACACUUCAGAUAAAGGGAAAGGUCAAUUCAAUUACUAUUGAUAACUGUAAAAAGUUUGGCCUUGUGUUUGACAACGUUGUGGGAAUUGUGGAAGUGAUCAAUUCCAGGGAUAUUCAGAUUCAGGUGAUGGGGAAAGUGCCAACCAUUUCCAUUAACAAAACAGAAGGCUGUCACAUCUACCUCAGUGAGGAAUCAUUAGAUUGUGAGAUCGUGAGUGCCAAGUCUUCUGAGAUGAACAUCCUCAUCCCCCAAGAUGGCGAUUACAAAGAAUUUCCGGUUCCUGAACAGUUCAAGACAGCAUGGGAUGGAUCUAAGUUGGUCACUGAACCUGCAGAGAUCGUGGGUUAACCUAAACAGCACCCAGCACUCACUGACUGUGAUCAGACCACAGCCAGCAGAAACAACGCAGCAACGUGAAGAACUAGAAAUAGCAGUAGCUCCUACUGCUCUCAUAGGCCUUCAAGCAUUAGCUGUGCAUGCUAGAAACAAUAACUCGUCUGGCACGCUUUUGUUAGGCACCUCAGCAUUUCUCAAGUUUCCACAGUUUGCCUUCACUUACAGUUUUACUUCUCAAUGAUGUCAUGUGAAUGUAUUGGCUUGAAACCCCCGCCUUCCAGCCACCUCACUGGUUUGAAACACUUUAUUCGUUAAGCCAAAAUACUGCAUGAUGCACUCGGUUAUCACAUUGCUUCCAGGCAUUCCUUUUUAUGUUUCUGCUAAUCAAAAGCAGCAUUGAGACUCUAAGAUGAGAUUUUCACCUCUUACACUACUCCUGUGUAACACAGUACAAAUGCACUCCUGGAGAAAAGUAACUGACAGCUCCCUGUAGUUCUGUGGCAAUCUUUUUUUUUUUAAGUCAAGCAAAAAAAAAAAGGAUAACUUUCAGCAAUACAUUUUCCUACUGGAAGAUGAAAUAACGUGAUAUUUUAAUCUAACACUUUUCUAAUACACAUAUUUAGAGGAUCCCUGUGUUUUCAGCGAUACAAGAUUUUAUUCUGAUCCACACAGACCUGCUGUAAUCCUCUCAUUUCUUGAGAAUCAGGAAUUUUUUUGAAACUGAAGCCUCAUGCGAGCUAACAGCUUGCAGCAAAUCACCUGAAAGUUUUUGCUCCACAGUUAUCUUUUGUUGUUUUUAAACAAAUCCCUCAUGCUUUAAAAUUUCACAUUGUAUCCUGCAAACUGCACCUUUGCUAUUCAGCAGGCUGGCAGGGGAAACACCAUGACUGGGCAGGUGGUUUUCCCAGGGCAAAAGGCACACAUCAGAUUCACUUAGUUUGCUUGUUAAAGUUCCUUUAAAAAUCUAUCACAGCUGUCACAGCUUCUGUUAAUUAAAAUUUCUUUCCAUUUCUUCCCUGCAUUUCUAACACUUACUCAAUUUCAAAUACAUCCACGAAGCAAAGCCAUAGAUUUAUGACCUAUCAGUUGAGCCCAAAUAAAGCCCACUUGGCCCUUCAACUCUACUUUCUAUAGUCCCUAUUGUACAUGCUUUUUUAACAAGGUGGAGUCUUGUAAACAUUUGUACUAUUUCAGCACAUAGUACAAUAAAAUUUUAAAGUUUUGCAGCCAGCAUAUGUUUUUGAUCACUUGUAAUACUUGGUAAUGGUGAAAUCAAAGUGAGAUGCUUGCAGAGCUAGUUACAAGCUAAAUUUUGUGCCUAAUUUACCUUGAAAGUACAUAAAUCCUUGAGGGUUUUUAACUACCUUUGAUUGUAAACCCUACAUAACAAUAGUAGUGCUCAUUCCGCGAGGUUUUGCUAUCUGAUCUUUAAUCUGUAUGUAUAAUGUGUUUGCCUUAGUAUAUACCAUUUUUCAACAGUAAACUUCUUAUGAAUUAAAAAAAGGAAAAAUGUACUUGUUUAAAUAUAAA